ACAUACUACAAACAUCUGGCAUUAAUUUCAUGCAAUGAGCAAAUACACGGCACAAAAAUAAUUAGAACAUUACAAUUUUUUGUUGUUUUGAUGAAAGUAGUGACUAUUAAUUAGCGAGGGGCACAUCAAAUCAGUGGCAAAAUGUUGCCUUCAACGGGCCUGUUCAAAGGCAUCAUCUGCCCCUACUACGACGCCACAAAGAAAGAUGAAACAACGGCAGCGUCCUUCACAACUUGCAAACGUCCCUUUUGUCACUUUAAGCAUUUACGCAAGGAAGAUGCUGAUGCAGCCGCAGCCGCUGAUACGGUGCCCGAGUAUAAACCAGCGCCGGUGCCGAAGCUGCUUUCACUGCCAUUGCCGGAAAUGACGCUUCUGAGUGCGCCGAAGAAGAAACCCAAUCUGGAAUAUCAUCCAGAAAAGCCAGCACUGAAUGCUUCGCCCAAAAAAGUUGGCGUUGAUAUCACCAAUGCGCCCAAAUAUAUACCCUCUUCCUUGGCCAAUGGCGAGAGGCAAGAGAUCAACGAAGAAGCUGACGAGAUUAUGGAGGUGGAAAUGCCCAUGGAAGUGGACGAAGUUGUUGAGCCAAAGGAGGAAACAUCCCAGCAACUGCCAAAGGAGCGAUCGUCUUCUAGUUCCCGCAAGUAUGAACACAAAUCGAGCAAGUCGCGGGAUCGUGAUAAGGAUAGGGAUAAGGAUAAAGAUAAAGAUAAGGAGGAAGACAAAGAGCGCAAGAGCUCUUCAUCAUCAUCGGCACACAGAAGCAAAGAACGCUCGGAACAUCGCAGUUCCAGCAGCAGCAGUAGCUCCAAGCACAAAUCAUCAACUUCAUCCUCAUCAACAUCAUCGUCACAUCGCAAGUCAAGCAGCAGCGACAAGGAGCGAAAGGAAGAUCGGAAAGAGGAUAGGAAACACAAGAGCAGCUCAUCCACGUCAGGGUCGUCAUCUUCAAAAAGUCGCCAGUCGCAUAGCAGCUCCAGCUCAAAGUCCAUCUCACACAGCUCCUCCAACGGCAGCAGAUCAAAGAGCUCUUCCUCCAGCAGCAGCAGCAAAACAGACAAAACCAAAAGUGAGGCAUCAGCUACUGUUAUGUCUAGCCAAAGUUCAGUAGAUGCUGCUGAUGAGCUCGAUUUGGACUUUGAAGUGGAUGUGUCAACAUCGGAGGCUGAAAUUACGCGUCAAUGCGAAAUGAUCUUCGAUGAACUGGAACAGGAAUUUGCACAAAUGCACAAAUCCACAACGGAGACGACGACGGCAACGAACGAGAGCGUCGAGAAUACACGCAAACGCAAGGCAUCCUCGCCCGACAUUGAUGCCUACACCGAGGCAGCUACUGCAGCGCUACAGAAGCGCCGUGUAGCUCACGAGAGCGCGGACAAAUGCAGACCGCAAGUAGCUAAGGCUGUGCACAAGCCCAAUCACAUACGCAACGCUAUGCAAGCGAUCUUCGAUAGACGCGCCGAACUGCGGCGCCAGGAGAAGAUCCGUGCAGACGCUGAUGCGGAGCAGUUGCGGUUGGCUCAGGAGCGAGUGCGUGUGGCGCAGGAGGAGCUGCGCGAGGCAAGAGCCAAGACACUGACGCCGCUCAUCUCACGCAGCGCUUUAACGCCGCCAGUGCGCACAGCUCGCACUAUUGCGCCCGUGGCCAAUAUGUUGGCCAUAGCACGCGCAAAGAAGAAGAUCGAAGAGUUGCAGGCUGAAAAGAAACCCGCUUUUACCACAGCACAAUCCUUCAAAGGCGGCAGUCGGGUAGCCCACAAACCCACAGCAGCACUGGAUAAAGUGGCACCCUCAACAGAGUCUGCUGCUGUUGAGAAGCCGCCUGUGCUGGAGCCGCGCAGCUCGAAGAUAUCGUACAACGUUCGGAUGCAGUAUUACGAGCUGAUGGUCAAGGAGUGCGUCAUCAUUUAUCCGCAGCUGGCCGAUGCUUGGGAGCGAGCACAGGUAGAGGAGCUGGCUGUCUUUAAGAAGUGCAGCACGGUUCCCAUCUACAAGAACAGCUCCAUGCUAGCGGUCAACAAGCUGCGCAAAGAGGCAAUUGAGGCUGGUAAUCAGUCGAGUGCCAACAACAAAACCGUUUCACAUGAAAUGAUGCUGGGCGGCAAGCGUGCUUUGACUACAUCAUGGAGCGUGGAGAAAAAAGAAAAACUAAGCUCAACGGCAGCUGGUGAACCGUUUGAUGCACUGCCCGGUGAAAAGGCUUACAAAAUGGUCUACGACUUGCGAAUGACUGACGAGCAACUGGUGGCCAAUGGUUAUCCAAGGCCAGGCAAACGACCAGGCACAGCUGUCAUACAAGCCAAUCGUCCCAAUCGGCGACCCAAUGAGACUGAGCGCUAUUGCUCACGCUGUGGCAAGGUCUUCAAUCUGAAUAUCUAUGAAUCACAGGGCACAGACAUGUGCAUCUAUCAUCCAAAGAGCACGGGCUAUCGUCGCGGAUUCACGGACAAUCAUCACCGUUGCUGUCAGCAGCCGUCGGGCACUCCUGGGUGCAGUUACGCCAAUUAUCAUGUCAGCGACUAUUAUGAUCCCGACAAACUGAACUGCUAUGUGAAGACGAUCGAGCGAAGCGAUGACUAUGCGCCCACCAAAAAGGAUAUCUAUGCACUUGACUGUGAAAUGUGUUAUACUACGCACGGCAUCGAGUUGACACGUGUGACCGUUGUGGACAUCAACGGGCGCAGUGUCUACGAUGCUCUUGUGAAACCGGACAAUCAAAUUGUGGACUACAAUACCGUCUAUUCGGGCAUAACGGAAGCUAUGCUGUCGAAGGAGACGCGCUCCUUACGUGACGUGCAAGCCGUGCUUAUGUCCAUGUUUCAUGCCAAGACGGUGCUGGUGGGCCACAGCCUGGAGAGCGAUCUAAAGGCGUUGAAGCUCAUACACGAUGUGGUUGUGGACACAUCUGUCUUGUUUCCACACAAAAUGGGGCCACCGAAGAAACGAGCUCUCAAAACUCUCUGCAUUGAGAAUCUGAAACGCAUUAUACAAGAGAACGAGGCCGGUCACGACAGUGCUGAAGAUGCAGAAGUCUGCAUACAACUCAUUAAAUAUUAUUUGCGCAACAAAAUAAGCUGAACUGACUCCAUAGCAUACAAUUACAGAAUGUGCUGCGAUCGGGGCGGUAGUUAUAUCUACAUUAUAAUUAUCAUCAUCAGUUAAACGCAAUACGUAUAAAAUGUAAUGUGUAAGUGAUGUUAUUGCCCCAAGUCCCAGUCCAACCCAUUGGAAUCAAAGUAAAACGUAUCCCAUAAGUGAGCCUUAAGACCAUAACAUAACGUAACUUAUUUAUGUAAUAAACUUUA